AUGCCCCCUUACCUUCUGGAACCGGUCCGCAGCGUGCACGAAUCGGCAUCCCUGUCGCAAAAUAACAUACCCGCCUUCUGGGGAGAAACAUGGUGGAGAAUGCUCUGGGUCGACAGAACUCUAGAAUCAAUCAUCCCCGACGCCAUUAAACGCAUGCCGCGCAAUCUCGUCAAAGACCGGGCCGUGCGAAGACACGAAAAGGUCGUUGACGUCGCCGCGAAUGGUAGGGUAGUGGGAUUUGCGCGAUGGAUUUUGCCUCCUUCGCACAGCCACGGUUGGCUUGAUGCUCAGAUUGAGGAUGUUACAGCAGAACAAAGAAAGGAAUUUGAUGCUCUUUUUGUGUCGGCGGAUUGGUCGCAUCGCGAUGAUAUGCCCGGUUUCGAUGAUCCGUUGGAUGCGAUGUUGUGGAAACACAAGCCCAAAAAUCCACAUAUCAAGCUUGACUACCUGGCCGUUAGCCCAGACUACCAGCACCAGGGAAUAGGAAGCCGGCUUGUCCGAUCGGGAAUUGAGCAAGCAGACAAAUUAGGGCUGGAAAUAUUUCUCGUGGCUAUGGGUGCAAAUGCAUUGGCUAUGUAUCAAAAAUUAGGAUUUGAGCUUAUAGAUCAGUUGUCGCAGGACCUGAGGCCUUGGGGAUUUGAGGAUUCCUACGACACUUUUAUUCUCAUAAAGCGACCUGAGGCUAAACUACCCGCUGCGGAUUCCCGACAUUUUCCAUUUGACUACACCACACAAACAAGCAUCAUGAAUAACGCUACCAAGAAAAAAGCAACGCGCUCCUCCUUAGCUUGUCUCUCCUGUCGCUCACGACACAUCAAAUGCGACGGAACUAAGCCUAGUUGCAGUCGCUGCAUCGAAGCCGCCAAGCAGUGCGACUAUACUCGAUCGCGCAGAGGCGGGCUUGCUCGAGAAGCCCUAGCUGAGCGGCGCAAGAGACUUGCUGUAGCGGCUCCGCCGGUUAGAAGUGAUCAGACCCCAGUGAACAUUCAGCAUGGUCAUAAUACCAUAGACGAGGGCUUUACCAUUGAUUACGGCUCUCUGCUCGAUGCGGCUGAUGUGACAUUCAUCUCGCCGCCGUUGAGUCAUCUCACCAACAUCGAAAACGAUAGCUUGCUGAAUUCAUACUACGAGAAUUUCCACAAUUUCCAUUCAUUCCUUUUACCUAGGAAAUACAUGGUGAAGCUACAUCAUGAUUCAAAAAACGAAUCUUCCCUAGCACCACUUAUUGCCACCAUGCGCUUUGUGGGACAUAUCUACAGCGCCCACAAGUGGGACAUGGAGCUAAAGAAUCAUCUCGAGGCAUGCUUCAGCGAAGCAUCAUCAGCAGAUCCAGUCAUGGUUCAGAGCAAACUUCUAUAUUCAAUUGCUCUAUUUUGGUACGAUUACAAGGCAGAAGCUGCGGCGCAGAUUGAGGCUGCGACACGACUUGCGAUUGAGCUGGGAAUGUUUCGUCGAGAAUAUGCGACUGAACAUGGAGCCGGAGAUCCUGUCUUGGAGGAAUGCUGGAGACGCACGUGGUGGAUGCUGUACAUCGUAGAAGUAUUCUAUGCAGGGACUUUGGGGACCAAGGCAUUCAAGGCUGUGAACGUCGAGGCAACUGUUGAUUUGCCCUGUGAAGAGCGUGAAUAUGAAUCUGGGGAGAUCCCCGUGCCAAGGACGAUGGAAGAAUUUGACUGUCGUGAGUUCGCUGCCGAGGAGACAACCUCGUUCUCAUCUUUUGCAUACCUCAUUGGCGCUGUUCGAUGCGCUGUACUGGCGAUGUCAACGAGGCCAAAGGCCCCAGUCAAGGAAGACUCAUUGCGCAUAAUGCAGACUGCCGACUCGGCUCUUGAUGGAUGGCUACUUUUAUUGCCGAAGGAUCGGAAGCAGAUUAUGAAUAAAACCGGGGAAAUAGAUGAGCUGAUGUUCCAGGCGCAUCUGCUUAUCCACGUACCUCAAAUUCAACUCUGUGGAAAGCAUCUCAAGCUGCGCCAGAGACCCGCCUAUCAAUACUACCACACCGGAACUAGUGAACAUCCACACCGUGCGAGUCCUUCGUUCUGUGGAAGCUCAAGUUCGGCUUUUGACAUUGCCAGUGCGGAAAUUUUCCCAUACGCCUUUCACUACGUGGCUGAAGAGUUGGCGACUGCGAGAGAACAGAUUCGGAUGAUUAUUGGAUGUUUGAAGGUAUUGGGUGAGGUGUGGCCCAGGAUAGCGAGGAAUGUGCGCGAGAUUCAGACGAUCGCUCAACACGUUUUGGGACUAGACUCGAAGGUGGCUGUCAGCACUGGUACAGCUAGCACUUCUGUUAUCAGUGAAGUACCAGACCUUUCAGCUGGUGAAGAGCGGUACGAAGCUACUUUUGAUAUCGCUCCUCUUGAGUCUAUCGAGGAUCUCUGUGGGUUUUACAAUCUUCCUAUUCUUGACUUUGACGUGGGAUGUGAUGUACAUGACGAGAUGAGUGAGGGUCACGGUAAUAACUUUAGAUGA